AUUAAAGAAAAAGAAUAGCAAUUCAUACUUAAGUCUUUAUUUUCUUUCCCAAGACGCUUCAAAUAUAAAUCUGGGUCCCUAUAAGUUUUUACAUUCUUAUUCUGUAUUUGUUGGUCUUUUAAAGCUCACAGACACAUGAAAAUCUUUAACACACCCAACAACUCCAAGAACAUCACUGGCUUCAUCCUCAUGGGUUUCCCUUGCCCCAGGGAGGGUCAGAUCCUCCUCUUUGUCCUCUUCUCUGUUGUCUACCUCAUGACCAUUGUGGGGAACAGUUCCAUCAUCUGUGCUGUGCGCUGGGAUCAGAGACUCCACACUCCCAUGUACAUCCUACUCGCCAACUUCUCCUUCCUGGAGAUCUGCUAUGUCACCUCCACUGUGCCCAACAUGUUGGCCAAUUUCCUUUCUGAGACCAAAGUCAUCUCCUUCUCUGGGUGCUUUCUCCAAUUCUACUUUUUCUUCUCCCUGGGUUCUACAGAAAGCUUUUUCUUGGCAGUUAUGGCGUUUGAUCGAUACCUUGCAAUCUGCCAGCCUCUACACUAUCCAACCAUUAUGACUGGAUGUCUCUGCACCAAUCUUGUGGUCAAUUGCUGGAUAUUUGGUUUCCUCUGGUUUUUGUUUCCUAUUAUCAUCAUUUCCCAAAUGGCCUUUUGUGGAUCCAGGAUUAUUGACCACUUCCUAUGUGACCCAGGUCCUCUUCUAGCACUCACUUGCAAAAGAGCUCCUGUGAUGGAGCUUGUCUUCUCUACCUUAAGUCCUCUGCCCCUCAUUAUUCUCCUUCUUUUCAUCAUGGGGUCCUACACCCUUGUCCUAAGAGCUGUACUAAGAGUCCCCUCAGCAGCUGGGAAAAGAAAAGCCUUCUCUACCUGUGGGUCUCAUCUGGCUGUGGUUUCACUUUUCUAUGGCUCAGUACUGGUCAUGUAUGGGAGUCUAUCAUCUCAGAAAGAAGAUGGAAUGCAGAAAAUUGUGACCCUAUUUUACUCUGUCAUGACCCCACUCCUUAACCCAGUGAUAUACAGUCUUAGGAACAAAGAUAUGAAAAGAGCCCUGCAGAAAUUUCUGGGAAUACAAAAAACAAUGUUAAUCAAAAAGACCCUUGAGCAAUAUUAAACUCAUAUUUAACCUCUUUUUCAGAUUUAAAAAGAAAAAAACUGGUGUCAUUCAUAUAAUUGUUCAUCCUAGUAUUGAUCCAAAACCUUAGUCACCUGUGAG